AUGGCAAAGCAAGCUUAUCUUCAUUCUGGACAGACAUUGGUUCAAAUUGCUUCUUAUAAUACUAAUUUACAGGGUGUUCUAGGGCUUCCGCAAGACUUGGUGGAUUGGCUGGCUCCAACGCUGCAAGUAUCCAACUUUCUUUCACCGGAAAGACGUGCCCCGGACAUUGUCGCUGUUGGAUUCCAGGAACUACUUCCUCUGCACCUUGGACUUUCUGGGUUUUCGAAGGCCGUCAUAAACGACAGAGACACGCUCAUUCUUUCUCAAAUUGAGACCCACGCUCCGAACAAGGAGUCUUACUCUCUCAUCGCAAAGGUUGUGAACGUCGGCGUGGCUUUGCUUGUUUAUGGGCGUGACGAUGGCAUUGCGCGUAAGGUUUCAAACGUACAUACCUCGUGGACGGGGUGCGGACCCGCAUAUAUGGGCAAUAAAGGUGCUGUCGGCGUACGCUUUCGAGUAGCUGGGCCCGACGGUACUGCCGGAGAAACAUAUACCUUUGUGAACUGUCAUUUGACUGCACACCAACACAAAUUGCAGAAUCGGAUAGCAGACUACAAGCACAUCGUUUCCACUCUGUUGUUUCCGCCAGAGGCCUUGUCAACAUCACCCAGCACACUCUAUGAGACCAGCCAUCUCUUUCUAUUAGGGGAUCUAAACUUCCGAAUCGAACUGCCGAAAACCCAUCCAUUAUAUGCUAAGCGCCUUACUCACGAAUUCGCUCAAACAUUAGAGUCUGAAAAAAUAAGAGAAGAACUGAAAGAAUACGACCAAUUGACCAUUGAGAAGCGCAAGGGCACCAUCUUCGCUGGCCUCCAUGAGGGUGAUUUUUGGAAGUUUAAAUGCAGCUACAAGUACAAACUCGGGGAAGUCGAUAAAUACAGCAUAAAACGCACACCGUCAUGGACGGACCGUAUCUUAUAUGCAACGUAUACAGACUCCCUGAAUCUUCCCAAUAAUUCGUCGAUUACCAACCUGUUGUAUACCAGUAUUCCUUCGUAUACAACUUCUGAUCACAAACCUAUUGUUUCGUUAUUACUUCUACCUCCACGCCCAGAAGAUGCACCUCCAAGUAUACCUACCAUCCCUCUGCCGGCUACGUAUUCUCCCACUGCAGAUCCAAAGGCUACGCUCAAGCGAUAUACAGGCCGCAGUCUUGACCGAGUCAUUGGGAUUACUUGGUGGAUAAUAACUCUUCUUGGAGCAGGCUCGGGGAUUGUUGGUGUUUUUAACCUCUUCCUUGGACUAAGCGCUUGGAUGUGGUUGAAAAUAAAGCCAUCUGCCAGAGAAGUCCAGGUUUGA